AUGGAUGAAUGUAAGAAAAACAGGACACAGUAUGGGAGAUUAUUUACGAAAGCUUGCAAUGAAUUUGAUGCAGAAGAAGCUUGGUUAAGUGAUGAAGAUAAAUUACUUAAACUUAAAGUAAUUGAAGAAAAAGCACUUUUAAUGAUUGAGACUGAAUACAAGGUUAGAAAUCAUCUUUGCGAUGAAAAUAUUUCAGAAACAGAAUGUGAUGCUGAGUUCGAUCAAUCUGAGAUUUAUAUUGAUCGCUGGCGCGUUUUAGGACAAAAACUCAAAAAACUUUCAUCAUGUGAAAAAGAAGAUUCUGCUUCGGUUUCAAGUGCAAAUACGUCACAGAAAAACACUCUGUUACGGUAUCCUAAGAUACGGCUCCCGUCAUUCAAUGGAGAUAUAAGAAACUGGCUCGGAUUUUGGGGACAGUUUCAAAAGAUCGAUAAAGACUCCAACUUGGACCUACAUGACAAGUUUUCUUAUUUGUCACAAAGUAUGGUUAAAGGUAGCAUUGCUGAGGAUUUAAUCAAAAGUUUCCCGCCUGGAGGAGAUAGCUAUGAAAAAGCAUUAAAUCAAUUAAAGAGUAGAUUUGGAAAAGAAGAAUUGCUGAUACAGAUCUAUGUAAGAGAUCUAUUAGCAUUAAUUCUUCAGAGAGAAAGUGCUGAAACCAAAUCUCUUCGAGUGUUAUACGACUUAUUAGAGACUAAAUUGAGGGCAUUAGAGUCUCUAGGAGUAACUAGAGACAAAUAUGCUUGUAUGUUAUUUCCACUAAUUGAAUCAUCACUUCCACAAGAAACUUUGAGAGCUUGGGAACGAUGCCGAGCAACAAACCGGAGAACGCGAGAUGUUACUCCAGAAAAUGAAUUGAGUUCACAGUUGGAAGAAAAGAACGACUUGAGAUCAAUUUUGAAUUUCCUACAAGAUGAGGUAGAGGCUGAAGAAAGAAUAAUUUUAGCUUCUCAGUCAUUCGAUUGCCCUAAAGUGAAAUCUACUUCUCGAGAGAACAGUAAAUUACACAUUGAAAAGAAAAAUCAUAAUAAAUUAAAGUUUGGGAAUAGAGCUCAAGUAGCAACAGCAGCUGACCUUUUUACUGCAUCGCGGGAACAGAAACUGUGUAUUUUUUGCGGCAAUCACCAUGAUUCGAAUGAUUGCAUAAAAGCAGGGAAAAUACCGCUUAAAGAGAGAGAAUUACUAGUUGGAAAAUCUCACUGCUGUUUUCUAUGUCUCAAAACAGGACAUCAAGUUCGUCAAUGCAAUGUGAAAGCUGGAUGUGCUAAUUGUGGAAGAAGACAUAUUUUGCUGUGCAGAAGUGGCCAACCGCAUUUACCUUCGUCUUCUGAAAGAGUUGUUGCAUUAGAAGAAACUCCAAAGCAAGUUUCAGCUCUCGCAAACAUUUCAAUGUCACCAAAAGUGAUGUUGCAAACCCUAAUAGUAAUCAUAAGAGGAAACGGAAAGAGCCGUAAAGCGAGAGCAAUUUUUGAUUCUGCAUCCCAGAGGUCAUACAUUCUAAAGGAUACGGCAAAGGAGAUGAAGUACGAAGUCCUGGGUUCAGAGUGUCUCAAACAUGCACUUUUCGGAGGAAAAAAUUCUGGUGUGUGUAAACAUGAAGUUUUUAAACUGUAUUUAACUAGUGCUAACGGUAAUUAUAACUGCAAUUUUGACGUUUUGAGUCAACCAGUCAUAUGUGAAACAAAGCCACCUACAAAUGAACUCUGUAUAAAAGAACUCUGUGACUGA